ACAGAACAACUCAUCUUCUCUCUGCUUCCUUCUUCUUCCUCAUCCUCCCUUAUUUGGGCCCAUGGGUUCGGGCCUCGGGCCGGGCCUGCUGCUCUGCAUCGCUCUGUUUGCGGCGGCGGCGGAGGCGGACGGGUGCAAUCUGUUCAACGGAAGCUGGGUGGUCGAUGACUCGUACCCGCUUUACGAUUCGGAAAAAUGCCCGUUUAUAAGGAAGGAGUUUGAUUGCGUGAAGUACGGGAGGCCUGAUAGGGAGUAUUUGGGGUAUCGAUGGGAGCCGGACGGGGAGUGCGUGCUGCCGGCGUUUGAUGGGAUGGAGAUGAUGAGGAGGUGCAGGGGGAAGAGGGUUUUGUUUGUGGGGGAUUCAUUGAGCUUGAAUAUGUAUGAGUCCAUGCUCUGUAUGCUUUAUGCGGCCAACCCGCAUGGGAGGAUCAGCUUUGUUGAUAAUGGAGUCCUAUUUGAGGACUUCAAUCUCACGGUAUCAUACUACUUGUCACAUUAUCUUGUUGAUAUUGUCAAUGAGAAGAUUGGACGAGUCCUGAAGCUUGACUCAUUACAAGGUAGCACUGAGUGGCUCAAGUUCGAUAUGCUCAUCUUUAAUACUUGGCAUUGGUGGUCACGUAAUGGAGCAACGCAACCAUGGGAUUAUAUUCAAGAUGGUAAUCAAAUAGUAAAAGACAUGGAUAGAACAUUAGCAUUUUAUAAAGCUCUAACGACUUGGGCCAAUUGGGUUAGAUCCAGCAUUGAUCCUUAUACGAAGAAGGUUUUCUAUCAAGGGGUCUCUCCUUCUCAUUACCAUGCAAAUGAAUGGGGCGGAUCCUACACGAAGAGUUGCUCCGGAGAGUCGCGGCCGUUGAAUGCAUCGAGAUACGUGGCAUCACCACAAGAAGCCAUAGUGAAGGAAAUAAUUCCCAAGGAAUUAGUCACAUUGCUUGACAUCACAUUCCUAUCGCAGCUAAGGAAGGAUGCUCAUCCCUCCAAAUACAGUGGAAUCCAUGCUCGAAAUGACUGCAGCCAUUGGUGCGUUGCUGGCCUGCCUGAUACUUGGAAUAUGCUUUUAUAUGCAUUACUAAUACAGUAA